GUUGCAGUCUUGAAUUGGGUUUUGCGAGUUUAAUUAUGACGAAUUUUGAAGUAAUAAAAUCAAUAGAAACAGAUUUUGAUAUUAAAAUCACGAAAUUUAAAUCAAAGGUCACAGGAUUAACAGUAAUUCUUGUUGACCGUCAAGCUCCUUUAGUUGAUGGAUAUUUCACAAUUGCUACUGAGGCUACCGAUGAUGAUGGAUGUCCUCACACUUUAGAACAUUUGGUGUUUCUCGGUAGUGAAUUAUUCCCUUACAAGGGAGUAUUAGAUUUACUUGCAAAUAGAGCAUUUGCUAAUGGAACAAAUGCAUGGACAGCAACAGAUCAUACGUGUUAUACGAUUCAAACAGCGGGAAGUCAAGGAUUUUUAAAUUUAUUACCUAUUUAUGUGGAUCAUAUUCUUUAUCCUACGUUAACUGAUAGCGGAUGUUAUACUGAAGUUCAUCAUAUUAAUGGAAAAGGAGAAGAUGCUGGGGUUGUCUAUAGUGAAAUGCAGGGCCGAGAAAAUUCUGGAGAAAGUCGCGUUUAUUUGAGAUAUCAACGAUUAAUGUAUCCAGAAGGAUGUGGCUAUCGCAGUGAGACUGGUGGCCUUAUGGAAAAUCUAAGAGUUCUAAAUGUAGAAACUAUCCGUCAAUAUCAUAGAGACUAUUACAAGCCGGAUAACUUAUGUUUAAUCAUUACUGGGAAGAUUUUACACGAUGAAUUAUUCAAAACACUUGAUCCACUUGACGAGAGAAUUUCCAGGAAAAAAUCUCAAAUUCACAAAAGACCAUUUGUAGAUUCGGCACCAAUUCCAUUACUCGAAAAAUCUAUUCAGGAAGUAGUUGAAUUUCCUGAUGAGGAUGAGAGUAUGGGUCAAAUAGUUAUUGCUUGGUUAGGUCCAUUAAUCGACGAAUUCUUAGAAAUUAAUGCAUUAGAAGUUCUUCAUACGUAUUUGUCAGAUUCGGCAGCAUCAGUAUUGCAAAAGGAAUUUGUAGAGAUCAAAGAUCCAUUAUGCACAGAUAUUUAUAUAAUGAUUGAACCUCAGACACGUACAGCCAUAUUAGCUACUUUUUCUAAUGUUCCUACCGAAGAACUAGAAGAAUUGGCAAAUAAGGUGCUCCAAAAAUUUACUAGAAUUGUUGAAAGUGAAGGAAUCGAUAUGGAUCGUAUGAAAACUGUUAUACAGUUGGCUAAACUAAGGAUCUUGGAUAAAAUUGAAACAAGUUCAAGCUAUUUCUCCGAUGCCAGUAUCGUAGAUCACGUAUAUGGUAAACGAACAGGAGAAGAUUUAGAAAGAGCUACAAAAGACUUGAAAUAUUAUGAUCAAUUGUCCGAAUUUACUGAGCAACAAUGGAUACAAUAUUUAAAAAAAUAUCAUUUAGAUAAUCAUCAUAUAACACUGCUCGGUAAACCUUCUGCUGAAUUUGCUGAAAAAUUAAGCAAGCAAGAAGAAAACCGUAUUGAAAAGCAGAGAGAAACAUUAGGAAAAGAAAAAUUAAACGAAUUAGAAACCCGUUUAGAAGAGGCCAAAAAAUUAAAUGAUGUACCUGUACCCUCUAAUAUUAUUGAAGAUUUCCCUAUACCUAAUGUUGAUAGUAUUCCUUUCAUUAACGUUAUUACUGGCCGCAACAAAUCUGAAGGGAAAUUCAAAAAUCCGGUUCAAAAAUAUCUCGAUCAUGAUUCAAAAAUUGACAUUCCUUACUUUAUUCAAUACGACCAUAUUAAUUCUGCGUUUGUAACAAUAUCGCUAUAUAUUAUCACCACGAAUAUACCUUUCGAAUUACGGCCUUAUAUAAAUAUGUAUCUUGGAUCAUUUUAUUCGCUUCCACUUAACCUUCCCGAUGGAACUAAGUUAACAUUUGAACAAGUGGUUUCACAGUUGAAUAAAGACACCGUGAAGUAUGAUUCUUCUUUGGGAUAUAACGGAAAUUUUCAACAAAUAGUUGAUUUCAGUAUCAAAGUUGAAGCUAGUAAAUAUGUUAAAGCUAUUCAAUGGUUAAACUAUUUAUUAUGGCAUACUGAAUUCACAGCCGAGAGGUUAAAGAUUGUCGCUUCGAAAAUCUUGAAUGAGAUUCCUGAAGCAAAACGUGAUGGUUAUGAUAUGACAUCAACAGUUAUGCAAUUAAUUAAUUUUGAUGAAAAAUUAUCAAAUACAUAUCUUUCAUCUACCCUUUAUCAAGAGAAGUUUUUACCUAACGUUAUUAAAGAAUUAAAAGGAAAUGGAGCUAAUCAAGUUAUUCAAAGAUUUUAUCAAUUUAGAGAAUUGUUGACUAAACCUGAGAAUUUGAGGAUUCAUGUUUACGGAAAUAUUUUAAAACUCGCUAAUCCUAAAAGUGUCUGGAAUGAACACUUUAAGAUAAUUGAAGCCCCUAAAUCAUUAACGCCUGUACCUUUAUCUCAACAAUUUUUGACUGAAUUUGGAAGAAAUCCCGGAAAUCAAGGUUUUAUUGUUAAACUACCAGCUAUUGAAAGUACAUUUUCAAUGCAUACAGCUGAAGGACCAUCGAGCUUUGAUUCACCAGAUCUUGCGUCAUUGCUUGUAUUAUGCGAAUUACUACAAGCCACGGAAGGUUUAUUCUGGAAAUUAAUUCGUGGUCAAGGUUUAGCUUAUUCUACUAACUUAAAAGUUGAUGUAGAAUAUGGGCAUAUUUAUUUUGAUAUUUAUAAAUCUCCUGACGCUUUUAAAGCUUACGAACAAGCUAGAAAAGCUGUUUUCGGUUUAGCUGAUAAGAAGAUUGAGUUUGAUAAAGCUGGAUUUGAGGGUGCUAAAAGUGGUGUUAUCUAUAGUCUUGUCAGAAAAGAGGGAAACAUUUCUAAGGCGGCCAUUGAGUCAUUCGUAGUACAAGUGUUGAAAGAUAUGGACGCAGAAUAUAAUAAAAAUUUAUUAGCUAAAGUUCAGGCUGUUAAUAUAGAAGAUUUAUAUCCAAUGUUAACAAAAUAUUUAGUAAAUCUAUUUAAGCCUGAAACUUCUAACGUUGUUGUUGUUUCAACACCUGUUAAAGUUAAGGAUGUUGAACAAGGAUUUAAUGGUCACGGGUUUAAAUUAAAAGUUAAAAAUUUAGAUUCUAUUAUCGAAUAAUUGAUAUUAAGAAAAUAAUUGAUAAUAAUAGAUAUUAAAAUGAUAUAUUGUCAAUUACAUUAUUUAAGUAGAAAUAAUUUAAAAACCGUUAUUUGAGGCUGUAAAAACAUAAGAUAAAUCAACAGGACCUUGUAUACAAGAUAAAAUAAUGUCUUUCGGAUCCCUAACUACAAAAAUAAAGUUAUAAAUUAAUCU